AUGGAGCAUUUGUUCCAUACUGUUGCUGCCAUUAUUGGGCACCAAGCGGAUCAUGAUUCUUACAUCAUCGAUGUGGCACAUAACGCGCUAUACACGGCUACGGUACAUGGUCACCUCGAUAUUGUCCGGUUCUUGAUACGAAUAUUGCGCAACAAGGACAUCAACUCCCACUUAGGCUUUCAACCUGUCAAGAAGCACACGCUAAGUGGGUUUCUCCAGGCCGCAGUUGUCUCUCCAGUCAAUAGUCUUGAACUUGUUGAUGCGCUUUUAGAAUACGGAGUGGAAUGUGAUGCUCAAGAUGAGGACAACAGGACUGCUCUCCAUGCGGUUCUUGACACACACACUUCUCCCGAAUACAUCUGCCAUCCAGCUAACACACUUUUGGUGAUUGACAAGCUGAUCCAAACUGGGGUCCCGUUGGAUUCAAAGGAUAAACACGGCAGAACUGCUCUCCACAUGGCGGUGGAAGCUUCCAAUGGCCCCGCUGUGGGAGCUCUCCUUGAUGCGGGUGCACGGCCAGAGGGACAGGUUUUACAUAUCGCUGUUCAAAAGGGAGACGCUUCAUUGGUGCGACUCUUGCUCAAUUCGAGAAACAUUUCUCAGGUCGAUCUGUCUGAGGGUGACUGUGACAUGAACACGCCACUCCAUAUUGCUGCGUCCAAGGGUUUCGAUGAGAUAGUCUCCCUUUUACUUGCUGCAGGAGCUUCGACAAAGUGUCUGAACAGAAACAACCACACCACUUACUCAGCAGCUGUGGAAGCCAAAAAAGAAGCUACGGCUUCUCUACUCUGGCAUGCCGACCCCAGCCCUUACAGCGAGCUCGAAUAUUGCCUGAUCAAUCUCGACCACUCAUAUAUGAAUGCUUAUAAAACCGGCGGGAGAUCGUUGCUCCAUAUUGCAGCUCUACUCGGGCAAGUCGACGUGCUAGAACGGUUGUUGAAAGCUGGAGAUGAUGUCAAUAUCACAGAUGACUCUGGCAGGACUGCUCUUCACUACGCUGCGCAAACAGGAAACUCGGAAAUAGCUCAGGUGCUUAUCCGAAACGGAGCGGAUGUCAACUUGGAGGACACUUCUGGGCUGAAGCCACUCGCUCUCGCCAUCAAAGGAGGGAAAAAUGACGUGGUACGAACAUUGCUUACCGCCGGCGCGGAAUUGCACGACUACAAGAUUCCCACUUCAUUCGAUAAGUUUUAUUGUUUUACAACUGCUGUUCAUGCUGCGGCUCUUUUGGGAUCUCUCCAGACUGUUCGACUCCUUCUCGAGGAACCCCAUGCUAAAGAGUUGAUUCUUGCACGAAACACUUGUCUGCAGACCCCGAUCCACCUGGCAAUCGAAAGGGGAAAUAUUGAAAUUCUACGGGAAUUCUUGAGUCAUCCAGAGGGAUUAAUCGCCAUGGAGAUGGUGGACAAGCAUAAUAGAUCUGCUCUUUCCCUGGCAAUCGAAUGCAAUUGGUUGGAGAUUGCAGAUCAUCUGGUCGAUUUGGUUAAGGAGGGUUAUAGCGACAUUAUACGGCUACUUGUUGGGGCAGACAUAAGGGUCAACCUCGAGGAUCAAAAUUGCCGAACUACAUCGCUUCACGAGGCAGCAGAAAACGGUCGGGCCGAAAUUGUCAAGAUCCUUCUUGAAAAUCGUGAUAAUAACGCUGAGCCAGACCUCGUGCGCACCAGCGAUGGCCGCACACCACUGCACCUGGCCGCCAUGAAUGGUGAUGUUGCCACAACACGGAUACUAAUUUCCCAUGUGCGCAACCUCAUGGUUAUGCCUGACAGUGGCGAGAAUAAAGCCUAG